AUGGGUAUAACUGAGUUAUGGAAGUUAGUUUCCCCAAGUACAGAGGGGCAAACCUUGACAGCAUUCGCCCUCGAAGGGCUCAAGGGGCAUGUGCAGGAUGAAGGCGGCCUUUCAAUGAUGACAAUCGGUGUUGAUGCCAGGCCUUCUGACUUGGACAUGCCCAGUCGGGCGAAAACCCAGAACUACGCACACUCAUCUAAUGCACCUGUUCAUGCCCACUUCAUUUUCGAUGGGGAGGACUGCCCCCCAAUCAAGCGCAGCAAGCAUGUGCGGUCAGCACCUCACUGGCUGACACGAAGCUUACAGGAACUCUUACAAAUAUUUGGAUUCACAUGGACCACGGCCAAAGGCGAGGCUGAAGCAGACUUAGCAUAUUUGUCGAAAGCAGGGAAGAUCAGUGCGGUAUUGACGGAAGACAGUGAUGCCCUGUUAUUUGGUGUGGCAAAAGUUUUACGCCUCACGGACAAUGAUGACAGUACAUUCCUUGUGGAUGCCUACUGUGCCGAAGCCCUAUCAAACGACCCAAAAAUUCCCUUGACAACUUCCCAUCUCCUCCUUUGGGCCAUGCUCCAUGGAGGUGACUACAACCCAGGAGGACUUUUGGGGUGCGGCAGUCAGCUUCCAGGCAUGCUCAAGACUUGGCGUGAUCACCUCCCCACUGUCCUGGUUGAUGGUACUUUGGGAGAAAUCACCACUUGGUCCGAUGGUGCCAGUUCAACUUUACUUCCGCAACUCAAUCCCACUCAGCCUAAUAUUGGACGUCUUGCUGCAUUCUGCAAAGCUCGCCUUGGCUGGAUGCGACCAAAAAUUCACAAGUAUCUCAGGAACCAUUUUUGGUCCGCUGCAUGCAUGCGGGCACUGUGCCAGCUGCGGACAAAUGAUGGUGACACACUCCCGAAGCCCACAUUCAAUGUCAACAAACGAAAGGAUCCUGAGGGGGGCGUAUCAGUAUACUGUGUCACGCUAUAUGCACCAUCUUUCAUUCAUGCUACUGAUGAUGGUAUUCAAGCUGACGACGAUCCAAAUCCUGAAGAGGGCAAGUCCUGGGUGCCGUCACACAGCAAAGUCACCAUUCCUGCUCGAAUCAUGGAGCUCACCUCACCUCAAGACGUUAUCGACUACUCUGAUCAACAUGCCGCUUCUGCAGGACCUUCUUCAGGAGAUCCACUGCCUGACUGGCAUCCCUGUCUAUCAGCACAGUAUGCUGCUGUGGCAGAUAUGCUAUGGCCUGAGGCUGGGGACACGAGUAGUGAGGUUGGGGAUCCAGAGCUGAGCGGGGGAAGUCGACUGAAAUACAUAACCUCAGUCAUGGGAAGGACCAAAAAAACUUCCAAUAAGGUCCUAGUCCACCCCAGCGAAGCGAGUCCCAAGAAACGGAGGAAAGGAGCACAGCCCACAGGAAACACGACCUUGCCAGCCAUUGACAAGAUAAAGGAAAGGGCGAAGCAGCAGCAUAAGCAUGCAAACAGCACGCGGAAGAAUUAUGGGUCAUACGUCGACCGUGGACAGAAAUGGCUGAAGGUGCAUGCCUCCGCUACUGGCUGUGGAGAUGAAGAAUCACACAAUGAUGAUGCUUACGAGGAUGCAACAUUCAGAGAUGCGCUCGAGCAGAUACCUAACCAACAUUCAGAUAAAGCACUUGCACUCUUCAUUUCAUACAAGUAUUUUCAUGAAAACAAUGGCCAAAGUACAUGUGACGGUAUUUACGCAGCAUUCAAAAAAGCCGGUGAUACAUAUUGUGGAAAAUGGAAUUUCAAUGAGACACAGAGACACUGGGAAGGGAAUCCUGCAUGCUUGGCUGAAGUGCAGGAUGUCAUCAAGUCAGUCCGACACAAGACAAAUAGUGAGGGCGCCGACAGAACUCAUUCAAUCGCGAUGUCGAAAGGCUUCAUGGAUAGGAUUCUAACAAGGUUGCUUGAAGGGGAUACAAUGGCUACCGACAACCUCACCUUGGAGCUGCGCACAUCAAUCACACACACUGUGAUGUACCAAGCAUUCAGCACCACCACCUGGAAUCUAUGGACAAGGUGUUUCGAAUUGAUUAAACUCAAAAAGAAAGACCUUACAAUUGAUCCGUCCGAAGUCAACACGGCCUUCAGGAAGUAUCUAUACAAUGAGACACUGUCGGUCAAGGACUCACAUGCUCGCUUCGAACGGAAGGUGGAUAAAGGGCUGAAGGAGGCAGACUUGCGCAGUAACCGGUACAAAAUUUAUCCACAGCCAGACAUGCCUGGCUGUGAUUGUUUCUUCUGGAUGCUGCUGUGGCUCGCCCUUCUCAAGCGGAUUCACUACAAUGGUGAGCUCGGGCCAGAGGACUUUGUCUUCCCCACAAUUGGCUCCAAUGGCAUCAUCCAUCGUGGUGAACAUAUCUCGCACGAUGCUGUGCAGGCUUGGAUCAAUGAAGCAACCACUGGCGCCGGAAUCCCACGAGGUGGAGGUGACAGUUUCACCACGCACACCUACUGUCGUGGUGGAGCACAGUGGCGCUGGAUGUUUGCACCUGUUGGUGAGCGCUGGACGUUGGCUAGGGUAAGGUGGUGGGGAUCGUGGGCAGAAAAUGAGAACCGUGAUACACUCAUCUGGUACCUACUCGAUGAGCUCUCGACUUACGAAAAUGACCACAGCGAUGCCCUUUGUCCCACACAGAAUGAGGCUGAUGGCUCCUUGCUUGGCGAGCACCGGCUUGUCAGGCCUGCAUGCUCACAGGAUCUGCAGCUCAUGCAGCGGUUCAUCACAGCUGAUGUCGAAGAUUUGCGAAGUGACGUCCGCUUCCUCACGAACACACUCAUCUCCAGCAGGAAUGGACCGCCCGGCUCUACUCUUGUCCACGAGCCACCAGUGCAGCACGCACUCUAUGGUACCUUCCUUCCUCGCGAGUCCCCGACACUCAUCCCACAGCAGAUGAUCCCUGCUCCAAGUCACACCUUCAAUCCAGUUACAAACGGCACCAGCACCACGAAUGUCGGCUCUUGUCCACUCCCCGAGAAGGGCCUGGACAUUCCAAACCUUCCUGUGCGGCAUGCUGAUGGGAGCUACGCUCCCAAGAAGGACUCCUGGGGACGGCUCAAGGGCAAGAACAAAGCCAUCUUCGGCUCGAAGUACCACCAGCGUGCUCUGAUUGCGCUGGAGUUCCUUGAACAGUACCAAGGAAAUGAGUCGGCGUUCCUUGCUGCAUAUCCAGAGUACAAAGAAGGCCACACGGCCCUGCUCACUGCCGUCAAACGCACCAAGAAGGACCGUGGAGAGAUCAUCCCCCGCAAGUAG